AUGUCCAUGCUGGCCACCGUCCUGCUGCUCUGGGGUCUCUCCCUGGGCCCAGCAGCCGAGGCGGCCACAUUUGUUGAUCCCCGCCCGGACCUGUGGGCCGAGGCCGGCUCGCUGCGGGAGCCCUGGGCCGACCUGACCCUGGUCUGCCGGGCGCAACUGGACACCUCAGACUUCCAGCUGUUCAAGGACGGCGUGGCCGUGGGGCAGGUGCACCUGGAUGAGGGGGCCACCGAGUGGCGCUUCCCGCUGGGGGCGGUGUCGGAGGGCCUGCAAGGCCUGUACCGCUGCUGCUGCGCCCUGGGCUCCGACAGGUGGACCUCGCUGAGCAACCCGGUGGAGGUGACGGGGCCAGGGACCCUGCCCGCGCCCAAGCUCUCCAGCUCGCCCGUGGCCUGGGUCACGCCGGGCCUGACCACCACGCUGCUGUGCCGGGCGGGGCUCCUCGGGGUGACCUUCCUGCUGCAGCGGGAGGGGGACCCCCAGUUCCUCGAGGUGGCCGAGGCCCCCCAGGCCAACCAGGCCGCCUUCCGGGUGCUCCGGGCCAGCAACUACACCUGCAGCUACCGCACCCACGAGGGCGGCACCCCCUCCGAGCCCAGCGCCCCCGUGGCCGUGGAGGACAUGGCCCAGCCGCCAGCGCCCAGGCUGAGCGUGGGCAGGGACGGGGAGGUGGCGGUGCUGGCCCCAGGUGAGAAGUUCUCGCUGAGCUGCAAGGCCCCCCUGGACGGCAUGGAGUUCCAGCUGCGGCGCGGGGGCCAGGAGGAGCGGAGCGGCAGCCGCUGGGGCACCUACCCCGACCGCAUCAACUUCGAGCUGAAGGCCCAGGACGCCGGCCUCUACACCUGCCGCUACCGGCUGCGCGAGGAGGGCGCCGCCUGGUCCCCGGACAGCGCCCCCGUGGAGCUGCUGCUGAGCGACGGCUCGCUGCCGGCGCCAGCGAUCUCGGCCCAGUCCAGCACCCCGGGCCUCGGGCGGGGCACGCGGGUGCAGCUGCGGUGCCGGGCGCCCGGGGCCGGGCACCGCUUCGCCCUGGUGCAGGAGGACCGGAGCGGGCGCCGGGUGCGGGGCGUCCAGAGCCCGGAGGGCCCCGAGGCCCGCUUUGAGCUGCGGGACCUGUCGCCGCUGGACUCGGGCAACUACAGCUGCGUGUACGCGGGCCCCGCGCCCGCCGGCUCCGCGCCCAGCGCCGCCCUGGACCUGCGGUGGGACGGCCCCCUCCCCAAGCCGCGGCUGCGGGCCCUGUGGAGCGGGAAGGUGAGGCCGGGCCAGGACGCCGCCCUGCGCUGCGAGAAGCCCGUGGCCCACACGUCCCUGGAGCUGCUGGCGGCCGGCGAGGUGGUGGCCUCGGCCUACGGCCCCUCCGAGGACCUGGUGCUCCCCUACGUGGGGCCCCAGCACGCCGGCAACUACAACUGCCGCUACCGCUCCCGCUGGCCCCUGGUGUCCGAGCUGAGCGACCCCGUGGAGCUGCAGGUGGCAGAACCCUGA